GCAGGGAUCCCCACCCACCACCCCAGGGUCUACAGCAUCCACAGUCGAACUGUCACCCGGUACCCUGCCAACUCCAUCGUCGUCGUGGGAGGCUGCCCGGUGUGCAGAGUUGGGGUUUUGGAGGACUGCUUCACCUUCCUGGGCAUCUUCUUGGCCAUCAUCUUGUUUCCCUUUGGAUUCAUCUGCUGUUUUGCCUUGAGGAAGCGAAGAUGCCCCAACUGUGGAGCAACUUUUACUUAAAGGGAACAACACACCUGGCUUUCCUACAUUCAGCUGUCUUUUUCUAAUGUAAAUGUUGUGUACAAUAGUUUUAUUUGAUUAAGCUUCAGGACUGUUUUGUAAAGUGCAGUGGGAUAGAUUUGGCAUGUGCGAGCUGAGGUUUCACAGAGCGUGGCAAGGCAGCAGCGCUGCUCCCCAGGUUAAUGACAACUCAAUAAAGCACUGCUUUUAUUCUUUGCAGUCUCCAAUUUGAGAAAUACUGUUUUAAAUAAAUGAGAUUCAUACCAUU